AUGAAGCUGCGUCAGGUGGUUGUUAUCCUCUCGACGGGAGUGGCUUUAGCGACUCCUAUGUCGAAUGAGGGCUUGAGUCAACUGUCCAUAUUCGAAGCAUUGGCCAGCCAUGCUUCGGCCGCUGAAAUUGCCCUACUGGGUGACCUGGCCGUGACAAGACGAUCGAGCACAUGCACCAAGGACAAUAUAGUAACACGGAGACCAUGGGGUUCAAUUAGCAAGCAAGAGAGAAAGUCAUAUACAGAUGCCGUGCUGUGUCUGCAAUCACUUCCGGCCAGGACGCCGACUUCGCUGGUACCUGGUGUGAGAUCGCGCUACGACGACUUUGUUGCCACUCAUAUCAAUCAGACAUUGAAUAUUCACUAUACUGGUAACUUUCUCGCUUGGCACCGCUGGUUCACCUGGCAAUACGAACAAGCGCUCCGGAACGAGUGUGGCUACUCUGGGUACCAGCCAUACUGGAACUGGGGCCUCUACGCCGAGGACCCGGCGUCCUCGCCCGUCUUUGACGGGAGCGAGUCCAGCAUGGGCAGCAAUGGCGCCUACAUUGCCGACAAGGGCCCAAUUGCCCUGACGCUGGGCGACUACCCCAUCAUCUAUCUCCCGGCCGGCAGCGGGGGCGGGUGCGUCACGGCGGGCCCGUUCAAGGACAUGGUGGUCAACCUCGGCCCCGUCAGCCUGCCGCUGAAUAACGGCAGCGUGAUCACGGGCAGCGGCUUUCAGUAUAACCCGCGCUGCCUCAAGCGCGAUGUCUCGGCUGCGGUGAAUAUGGCCUACGCCAACAUGACGUCUAUUGUCAACCUGAUUCUCCAAAACGAUAACAUCUGGGACUUUCAAAUGGCCAUGCAGGGUGUUCCUGGGUCUGGUUCUAUAGGCGUACACGGCGGCGGUCACUAUACUGUUGGUGGGGACCCCGCGGAUGAUGUCUUUGUGAGCCCUGGAGAGCCGGUUUUCUAUCUCCACCACGGCAUGAUUGAUCUCGUCUGGUGGGUUUGGCAGCUUCUGGACUACAAGGACCGCAAGUAUGCCAUCAACGGUACCAAUACCUUUCUCGACCAACCUCCUUCGGCCAACGCGACCCUGGACGACAUUGUGGAUCUCUAUUAUGCUGGUGGAGGACCAAUCACCAUUAGAGAGUUGAUGAUCGAAGUCCAGCAGGACUGCAGAAAAGUCCUGUUUGGUUUUGGUCAUUCCACAGACCUCGAUUUCAAAUUCACAAAAUUCCAGUUCAGAGAUUCUGAGUAG